AUGGCUUCCAAGGACAGAAAAUACCGGUUCUGGUCUGUGCCGCUCGAUAUGAGUAUCCCGCAGAAGCGACAGCGGCCAUACUGGGACCAAUUUGGCGGAUAUCAGGUCAACGAUUGGUACUGCAAGCAUUCGUACUCCUGUUAUCCGGGCGCUGAAUCCUACCACUACAUCAAUGUGACUGGCUGGUACUACUCCAUGAACCCGGAUGGGAGUGAAGAGAAGCUCCAUAUGAAAAGGAAAGAAGCCUGGUUUGGCCCAGCUGACAGCGAUACUUGGGAGAAUUGGUCGAAUGUGGUCCCUUGGGACAAAUUGCCUGCCAUACCUGAUCGUUGUAUUGCAAGAACCAGCCGUCCAGGUCCCUGGACCUGGAGCGAAAUUGAACGACUAGAGCGGGAGCAAGAAAGUUGUAAAAACGAUGACGUGGUUGAUCAUAGAUGCAAUAAUCUAGACCCGAAGCAGUCCAGUGAAGGGGAGAUGCCGAAUGUGGACGAAGAUGUGAUGUCCACAACUGCGAGGGGUAUCUCGGUGAAAUCCGAGGACAAUACAUCUGAGGAUGAAAAUGAAGUGGCAAAAUAUACCAGCGUCAAACCCAAACCCAAAGAAGAAGACGAAGACGAAGAAGAAGAAGAAGAAGAAGAAAAGAAGAAGAAGAAGAAGAAGAAGAAGAAGAAGAAGAAGAAGAAGAAGAAGAAGAAGAAGAAGAAGAAGAAGAAGAAGAAGAAACGCAAAAGCGAGCAGGCCGAGGAGCAUGACAGUGCUCGAGCGAAGAAGAUGCGAACCGGAGAAGAAGAAAUCGAACGACCUGAUGAGCAGGAGUCCCAAGAAAAACGCGAAGAAAGGAAGAUUGGGAACAAGGAACUUGAGAAGAAGCUUCGGAGGAAGCCUGAGAAGAGGCUUGAGAAACAGAAGCAGAGAGAAGCUCAAGGCGAAGCAUCUUAG